AACAUCAGGGCUGAAUCAUUCGUUCACAGCUGUCAGCAUUUCCUCGUGCUAAAUACAGUAUAACGAAAUCGAGCUGAAAAUUACAAAAUCCGAAGAAAUUUAAUCAAAAUGGUGAAGUCUUCAAAUCCCCUGAACAUCGUGCGAAGCAUCUACAACAACGAGUUUCAAUGGAUGCUGGUCAAGAGCUACGGACUGUUCUUCUUGGGAGUGCGUUUGGCCAAGGAGUUCGUGGGUGUUGAGCUGAUGCCGGCGCUGGGGCAAGCCUGAAAAUACUGCCAAUAUUAAAAAUUCCAAAACGGCAUUAAAGUUAACUAAGUAUAAUACAAAAAGA